UGGAGCGCCGCGGACAAAGGCCCCGGGAGUGUGGCGGGCAGUGGCGUCUGGGGCCUGCCCGGCCCCCACCCCGCGCCAGAUUGGCGCCUCAACUGCUCCAGGAUGGUGGACACAGGAGCAUAGCCCACGAGAAGCCGGGGGGCCCCAGGGAAACAAGAAGAGGGAAAGAGGGGCGCAGGGCCCUGGAUUCAGAAGUUUUCGUUGGUAGGAGCCAGGGGCUUUGAAGAAUUCAGACUUGGAGUUAAAACAACCCACAAAUAGCCUGGAAAUAAAAUGCAACACCACCACCAACCCCCCGGGAUGGGGGCGGCUGGUGCUCAGCUGUGCAGUUCUGUAUCUGAAGUGGGGACCCAGACCCGUCCUGCUCGCGGUCAGCUGAGUUGGAGAGGGGAGAAGAUAGGCGACGAGGAGUUGCCACUUGGGGCGCAGAAACCAAAGCAGGGAUUGCCCAGCGGUUGGAAACCUUGAGGCGCUUCAUGUGUCCCUUCAACAAAUGUGCCCUUCACAGAGCUGGGUGCUGGGCUCACCAGUGUGUAAAAGGGACCAGCCGCCGCUCCCUGGAGGAGGAGCCACCAAACGGGACAACGAGAAAGAUGAGCGCCCACCAGGCCCCCGCCUUGCUCCUGUUCUUCAUGCUCGCCGCCGGGGCGGCGGAGAACGCCAGCACAUCCCGCGGCUGCGGGCUGGACCUCCUCCCGCAGUACGUGUCCCUGUGCGACCUGGACACCAUCUGGGGCAUCGUGGUGGAGGCCGUGGCCGGCGCCGGGGCCCUGAUCACGCUGCUGCUGCUGCUGAUCCUGCUGGUGCGGCUGCCCUUCAUCAAGGACAAGGAGAAGAGGGACCCCGUGGGCCUCCACUUCCUCUUCCUCCUGGGGACCCUGGGCCUCUUCGGGCUGACGUUUGCCUUCAUCAUCCGGGAGGACGAGACCAUCUGCUCGGUGCGCCGCUUCCUCUGGGGCGUGCUCUUCGCGCUCUGCUUCUCGUGCCUGCUGAGCCAGGCGUGGCGUGUGCGCAGGCUGGUGCGCCACGGCAAGAGCCGCUCGGGCUGGCAGCUGGCGGGCGCCGCGCUGUGCCUGAUGCUGGUGCAGGUCAUCAUCGCCGUCGAGUGGCUCGUGCUCACGGUGCUGCGCGACGCCAAGCCGGCCUGCGCCUACGAGCCGCUGGACUUCGUGCUGGCCCUCACCUACGACAUGGUCCUGCUCGUGGCCGCCCUGGGGCUGGCGCUCUGCACGCUGUGCGGCAAGUUCAAGAAGUGGAAGCAGAACGGGGCCUGCCUCCUGGUCACCACCUUCCUCUCCGUGCUCAUCUGGGUCGCCUGGAUGACCAUGUACCUGUUUGGCAACGCCGAGCUGAGGCAGGGAGAGACCUGGGGGGACCCCACCUUGGCCAUCACGCUGGUGGCCAACGGCUGGGUCUUCGUCAUCUUCCACGCCAUCCCGGAGAUCCACUGUGCCAUCCUCCCGGCCCCGCAGGAGACCACGCCCAACUACUUUGACACGUCACAGCCCAGGAUGCGGGAGACGGCCUUCGAGGAAGACGUGCAGCUGCCGCGGACGUACAUGGAGAACAAGGCCUUCUCCAUGGACGAGCACAGCGCAGCUCUGCGAACGGCGGGAUUUCGGAACGGCAGCUUGGGAAGCAGGCCUAGCGCUCCAUUCAGGAGCAACGUGUAUCAUCCCACUGAGAUGGCCGUUGUGCUCAACGGCGGGACUAUCCCAACUGCUCCGCCAAGUUACACUGGAAGACACCUCUGGUGAAAGGCUUACGUUCCAGAGAAUAAGAAUCUCUUACCGAUUUUAUUCCCUGGCCGGCCGUGUCUUUCUUGAGGGAGGAAUCAGUAACAGGAGCCGCACAAGGCCACCCCACAGCCAGGAGAUUUGGAAAUCCUAGCUGAGGGGCCUUCGAGUAAAUGUGAACACUGCUGAACCGAAAAGCUAACCCUGACUGUCCUCCCCCAGCCGCCACACACCUGCAAACACCCCCAAACCAAGCGCAAGCCCCGCCAACUAAAGCCGAGCUCAUUGCAAAUAGGCUUAGGCCCGCUUUGGAAACGUGGCUCCGAAGACCAACUCAUCCGGGGUUCGAGCAGAGCCAGCCAGAUUCACAGCCGCUGGGCCAGGCUGCUGGUGGGACAUCAAGGCCUCCAUCCUCCUAACCCAGCAAGUGCACCUUCCGCCCCCUGGGGCCUUGCAGGGAGAGGACCCUCCCGACCGUGGCAGGGAGAGGUCACAGGAGCAGUGAAGGAGGGUGUGGGUGUGAGUCUGAGACCAGGGAUCCUGGCAGGGUGGGGUGAGCUGUACAGCCCGGUGUUACUGGCAGGACCCAGGCAGGUGCCAAAGAAGAGAAGAUUCUCACGUGACUGUCAGAUGUCAAAGACGGUGGUCCACAGCCACUGCCCCUUCUGCGGGUCUCCUCCCUAAGGCCCACGGCAAGGAAGCCAGCCCUCCCUCCCUCCCUGGUAGAGCUGCAGAAAUCCUCUGGGGAGGGGCAGCAGGCAGACGACAGCCCCUUGGCCCGCUCUGCUCUACCAGGCCUGGGGCCACUCCAGGCCCCUCCCUGGGUUUAUUUCCACGUUCCUUACAAACGCUCAAAUGGGCCACCAGCUUGAAGACCCCCGGGGCCAGUAGACCUUCCCAGGGUGCCUCCUGGAGGUCUGCCAGGCGUCCAGUUCUUGGUCUUUGGGGUGGCGGCUCCAGAGGGCAGGGUUUCCCAGGGGGAGGGAGGGUGAUCUGGCUGCUUUGGGAGUGGGGGUUGAGGUACAUCAGACCAUGGUUGUCUUCCAUUUCCACGAGAACGGUUCUCCAAGCCCACUGUCUGUCAUGGCUUCCAUGUGUCCUGAGCCGGUCACUCCAUCACCGCGUGGCAUUUCCAGCAUCUCGGCCAUUCAGCGCCCCAUGUCCUCUGCACUGUUUGGCUAGCAUAAUCACUAGGCGAGUUACAGGGUUUUAUUUUAACCUUGGAAUGUAUGCCCGAGGGUGGGUCCCUUUUGCAUAUCCGCUAAUCACCUCGAUUGCUUUUUUUUUUUUCUUUUCUGUAAAACCACCCAUAAGCCUUUAACCUUGAAAAGAAAACGAAAAAGGUUCGUGAUUUGAGGGGGAAAUGACCUCUUCACACGCCAACAUGUCUGAGCUGAAAAUGUUCUAAUAAACCUGACCUUGCUCAAG